AUGAAGAACCCAACCACUGCGCCCUGGAGCCUCAGCGCCUCUCGCAACGACGUUGAAAAGCUUCUCCGGGGCUUCCGACCGGCGGCGAUGGAGGACCGCUGGAUGUUCCGCGCAGACAAGCCAGACGUCUGCGGAGACUUCGUGGUGCAUGUGCACAGAAGCUGGACUGGGGACGAGCUUCUGCGCAUAAACGUGGUCUUGGCGGCUCCGGGUGGAGGUGCCCCACCAGCAAACACCGACGAACCUCACGCUUCGAUAACCGACAUCACGUGGGACAGGGGGGACGGCGGUUUUCUUUCUACCGAGGCGGAGGCUAAGGAACUAGCAACUGCCCUGUUACGGAACGUGCUGGGGUGUGACUUGUGA